AUGUACCAAAACAACCUGCCGUCUGACAUGGAUUCAGUUUCUCCCAGCUUGCGGACAGAGUCUCCUUUCGGGACAGCCUGCCAGAAGACGCCAGAAGAGGCAGAGAGCUCCCCGGCUUCCUCCUCAGAGAGCAAUAAGGAGGUCUGCGAAGAGAUGAGCGAUCAAGAUGCUGCAUUUGUUCCAACCGUUACAGCAAUAUCCUCUACCCCAGAUUUCCAGUGGAUGGUCCAGCCUACGAUUAUUACAUCUGUCUCCCCGUCUCUGGGCAGCAAACAAGCCAAUGAACCACAAAGCUCUCUCCAGGCAACACCCAAAGCAGGCGGGAAUAAGGGGAAAAAUGCAGCCAGGAAGGGCAAAGCAGAGCAGCUGUCUCCAGAGGAGGAGGAGAAGAAGAGGAUCAGAAGGGAGAGGAAUAAAAUGGCUGCAGCAAAGUGUCGCAACAGACGGAAGGAGCUCACUGACACACUGCAAGCUGAGACAGACAAGCUGGAGGAGGAGAAAGCAGCGCUGGAGACAGAAAUAGCCAACCUCCUCAAAGAGAAAGAGCGCCUUGAGUUUAUCCUCGCCACACAUACACCGGCUUGCCAGAUGUCGGAUGAGCUCGAGUCCAUCUUCCAGGAGCCCACAGAAUCGCCAGAGCUACUGCCCAGUCCAGAUGAGAACAAGCUUCCGGAGGAUGGCAUCCAGGAAGCUCCCUCACUCCAGGAAAUGGGCUUUGGCAGUGAUCCCUCCACAGCCAUCUCUGGGAACUCUAACAUCUUACUAUGUGCCAGUGCUGAAAUCAACAUCUGUGAUCUCGAGCCCUCUCUGGACAUCAAAGAAGGGUUACUGGAGAAUAUGUUGCCCAGUUUGGAGGAGAAAACCCCCAUGGAGACUGCACGAUCUGUGCCAGACAUAGAUUUGAGCAGCUCUCUAGGGGUGUCGGACUGGGAGACGCUGUACAAGACGGUUUCCAGCGACCUGGAGCCCCUCAGCACUCCCGUGGUGACCUCCACCCCGACCCGCAGCAGCUACCUGUCUGUGUUCACGUUUGCGUGUCCCGAGCUGGACUUUCUCGCAGAGGGACUAGACGGCCUUAAAGGUGGAGGAAGCAAAGCAGAAUCUGUUGAUAUCCUUAACUCUCCAACUCUUCUAGCCUUAUAAAUGUACAGAGGGAAGUUAUCUUUCUGACCUCUCUGGUUUUUCUGUUUGCAGGUUUCCUGACGUUGAAUCUAAUCAACAUUGUAUGCCCCAAUAUGCUGUAACACUUCAAGGAAUAUGUUCAUGAAAUGUCUUGUGUGUUACAGAGCAAGCAUAUAAGCUUUCCUCAGAUACAUAGCCAACAGAGCGAUGUAGCUAAAAGCAUGGCUUUUAAUUUUAACUGGAUAAACUGAUGUUUUGAUUUUAAAAAGCAUGCAGAGAAAUCCAAAUUUUCAAAGCUCAUAUAUACUGUAUAUCUGAUCUGUGAGAUCUGUUUUAAGAAAAUACAACAUGCAGGAAGGGUGUUCUCUGUUGCCUCACUAGAUCUAAAGUGUAAUGUGGAAUUUGAUGUAUCAGUAUGGUUUUUGUGUUUUUGGUGUCGGUAGUGUAUUGAUUGCUGUAAAUGUUGUAUUUCCACAUUCAUCAAUGUUAUGUAACUGCAUACCUCAAUGUCAUCAACCGUGGUUUGACCUCAUUGUUCAAAUGUUGAUAGUUUUCCAUGAAAACAUCCAGUGCUAUAUAGUACAUAUCUUAUUAAGAUGUAACUUAUGAUUUAUUUUUUUACCUUUUAAGAUUUUGACUUAUUUGUUAAAAUUUUAAAAAGAAGCAAAAUGAGCAUUGAUUGCUUAUCUAUGCUGCUGAAUAAUUACAAUAAAUCUACAUA